AUGCCUCAGCAGUUCAUCCUGGAAGUCGAACCUUUCGAUGUCUGGGGGAUCGAAUUUAUGGGCCCAUUCCCUACUUCUUGUGGGAAUCUCUACAUAUUGGUUGCCGUCGAUUAUGUGAGCAAAUGGGUCAAAGCGAUUGCCAGUCCGACGAACGACUCUAAAGUAGUCUCACGGAUGUUUCAGAGAUUCAUUUUCCCUCGUUUUAGAGUACCGCAUGUUAUAAUCAGCGAUGGAGGGACUCAUUUUGUGAACCGAGUCAUUGAGAGUCUACUGAAGAAAUACGGGGUUCAACAUCGAGUUACUACUCCUUAUCACCCGCAGACUAGUGGUCAGGUCGAGAUCUCUAACCGGGAGAUCAAAUCUAUUCUGGAGAAAACCUUAUCCCGAUCUCGCAAAGACUGGUCACAGAAACUCGAUGAUGCGGUCUGGGCUUACCGAACCGCUUUCAAGACUCCUAUUGGUAUGACUCCUUUCCAGCUGGUCCCAAACCUGACAUGCUACCUGACUUGCUUCCAGCGUGUAUAUGCAAUGGGUGAUGUUUAUCCAGAGGCUACAAAACUUCCCAAGGGAGAAUAUAUUCUGCAGCUAUAUCUGCGGCAUGAAAAUGUGCAGUUGCUGGAAAAGUUGAAGCAACUUGUUUUGUUUAUCGAAAGAAAUUUGGCAGAAAAGGAGGUUAUUCGGCUGAACUUCUAUUCUGAACCAGACGGUUGUGUCAUGGGAAAUGGUGCCUUUAAAUCAUCUGUUUUAAUUCCUGGGAAAAAGGAAGCGUUUUAUGUGAGCCAACCGAUGACGGAUAAGCUGCCCAAGAAUGCGCCUCAAGGAUCUGUGUUGCUGGGAGAUAUCUCACAUGGGAAAUUAUCAUUUGAUGAUAAAGAAGGGAAAAAUCCGAAAGAUAAUCCUGUUUCUUAUCAGAUAUCUUAUGUUGUUCCACCAAACAAGACUGAGGAAGAACAAGGGAAAUCUUCUGCUCCAACUAGCACUAAAUCUGUAUCGGAGCGCAUGGAGGAAGAGGUAUGGACCUAG